AGCACAAAGUGUCUGCAAGGAAGACUGUCUGGGCUUUGUAACUGGGUCAAAAGAAAAUCUGCUGAGAAGUGUAGUCCUGUUGAGGCUGAUGGUAAAUGUGUUUGAGGCAGCCACAAAAGAAUGUAACAGAAUCACACAUCCUUUCACCUGAUCUUCAGACAAUUUUCAAAUCUGAAGUCCUUGGGAAAACAUUUUGAAGAUCUUUUCAACAUAUUUUUCUUUCUCAGAAGUGUACUGCCAAAAUGAAUUUUACAGAGCCUCGUACCAUAGAUUAUCCAUAUUAUUCAGACUAUGCUUCUCUAAUCAUGCAACCUUGUUCUAAGUUGGAAGUCAGGAACUUCACAAAAGCAUUUCUGCCGGUUGCGUAUUCAUUGAUUUGUAUCAUCGGCCUAGUUGGCAACAUCUUUGUAGUGAUGACCUUUACUUUAUAUGAAAGAACCAAGUCCAUGACGGAUGUGUACCUCCUCAACAUGGCGAUAGCAGACAUACUGUUCGUUCUGACUCUCCCACUGUGGGCAGUGAAUUAUGCUGCUGACAAAUGGAUUUUCGGUGAUUUCAUUUGCAAAAUGACCAGAGGUAUCUAUGCAAUCAACUUCAGCUGCGGCAUGCUGCUUUUGGCCUUUAUCAGCGUGGACCGGUACAUUGCUAUCGUGCAAGCAACAAAGUCAUUUAAACUCAGGGCAAGAACGCUCGCAUAUAGUAAAGUCAUUUGUUUGGUCGUGUGGGUAUCAUCGAUUUUAAUCUCUAGUUCCUCUUUUCUAUACAGUGAAAGUUACAGCUUCUCCACCAAUGAAACCAAAGAAAUUUGUGAUCAAAGAUUUGACAGAAUCUCUGAUAGCACGAUGCUGAAAUCACUGCUGCUGUGUAUACAAGUUGGAUUUGGAUUUUUUAUACCUUUCAUAUUCAUGAUUUUUUGCUAUGCAUUCAUUGUCAAAUCCUUACAACAAGCUCAGAAUUCCAAAAGAAACAAAGCAAUCCGUGUGAUCAUAUUAAUUGUAGCUAUUUUCCUAGUUUGCCAGGUACCUUAUAACAUUGUUCUUCUUGUAACAGCUGUAAAUAUGGGCAAGAUAGACAAAUCUUGUGACAAUGACAAGAUAAUGGCCUAUGCAAAAUACACCACUGAAGCCAUAGCAUUUUUACACUGUUGUGUGAACCCUGUGCUCUAUGCAUUUAUUGGAGUGAAGUUCAGAAGUCAUUUUGUGAAGAUAAUGAAGGACCUGUGGUGCAUGAGAUACAAGAAAUACAAUAAACGUAGUUCAAAGACAAAUUCUGAUAUUUAUCAUUCAAGACAAACUAGUGAAAUUCUGACUGACAAUGCAUCUUCUUUUACUCUGUAAUACAAUUUGAACAACAUUAUUACUGAAGGACUCUUCCCACCGAGCAACCCAACCCAGUGUCACGGUGUCUGUGACAGCAAGUCAUUUGGGCUUCCCUGCACCUUUAAGGGAGCUCCCACAAUCUACAACUCCUUUCAGGAAAAAGAAUUAAGAUAGGAGAAUAACACCGUCUUGUGGAAAAUGAAAAUCUUAUUCACCUCUCUUAACAUUCACACUCUUCUAAAACGCACUCUCUUAGAAUUAUCAGGAAAGUGAAGUUUACACUCCUUGUUUUCUACAGAAAAAAAUGUAUCAUCUCAUCUGUCCUACAUCACUGAAAUAUCCCAAAAGCACUAAGUAAAUGAAUCAGGUUAUGUCCAGGCUCAUUCCACUUAUAUUUAUGUUGUUUCUGUUAAUUACUUCUACCUGGAAAUCCUAUUUAAGUGUAGGUCUCCACUGUGCUUUUUUUGCAGACAGGUCACGCUGUGACAAUGCUAACCUAAAGGAGAUGGCAUUUUGAGCAAAGCACAGCAAGGAAAGCAAACAGAGAAAUGAAUAAACAGGCUCAAGGCUGCUGACAUAGCUGGGCUUAGGUGUUAGGUCUCAUAAAUCUUUGCCUGGUUCUACAUUCCACGUGGUCGUCGGGAGUUGCUUACACCAAGGCUGAGGCUGGUCAAAGCCAACAGUGACACAUCUACUACUAAAGAGAAUAUUAAAAAAAAAAAAAAAAAGAAAAAGAAAGAAAAUUAUUCAUUAAUGAGAACACUGAAAUAUCCACAGAAAGGUUUUCUGACAUCUCCUGAGAUUAUCAUCUGAACAGAGAACGGAGCUUUGCUUAAAAGAUUCUUCUUUUCGUUUGGCACAGGAUUCAGGUGCUGGAAUCCAUCAAAGCUGAACAUCUGGUGAAUGUCUCUUUGUGCAAAGUUUUUCUUUCUGGAUGGAAUCUACACUCCACUCUUUAGAAGGUGACAAACUGUAUAGAACUGCAGUUAUUCCAACACUAUUUGUUGGAACGUGAUCAGUGACAAAACAUGAUGCAUUUCUUGGUAUUUAGCUACCAUUACCAAAGUUUCCUUAGGAAUGGAUUUACUAGCACAAAUAUGUAUGUAUGAAAUUUACUUUAUUAGCUUCAGAAAUUAUUAAGGACUGUAUCUAAAAAUAAGACCAGAAUCUGGCUUAACUCAGCCAGAAUUUUUACUGAGUCAGUAUUUGACUCACUAUGAAUAUAGGAAUAUUUAUAAUGCGAUUAAUUUCACCCAGCCAUGACUUUUCAGCAAAUCCCAGGUGGAUCUUCUGCUCCUCGAACGAGCUUCACCACACUGUAGCAGUCAUAGCGGGAUGGCGAGGUAGAGAAGAGCAGGAGCUGGAGGGCACGGGGGCAGGAUGGAGGAGAGAAGAGGAGCACCACUGUUCGCAGUCUGCUGAAGUACCUACCAGUCCUCUGCAGUUCUGCUGCAAUGGGACCAUGAGCCAUGAUGGUGUCUGGAUUUGCUGUUGUGUGGGACAUUACACUCCUAUGGCUGUGUAAAUUCAUUCAAUUUGCGGCUUGCUGUUUACCUUGGUUGUUUUUGGGUUUUUUUUAAGUUCAUGACUGAAGAGACAGUCAUCUUUGCAGUGUGAGGUUUUUAAAUAUCAAUGUCAGGUGUGAUAAAGAUGGCAUGUAUUUAUCGUGACUGAAUAGCAACUUAUGCAAGAAUAUGAUACAAAAUUAUGUAAAUGCAGAUGCAUGCAUUUGCUGUAUAUAGCACUGACGAUUUUCUGGAUGAGAAUUCAACAAAUAAAAAAUGUAACUGAAAAGGAAAAAAUCCCCUUAGAUCUAAGAGUUUCUUGCUACAUGUAUUGCCUCAGAACAUUCUCUUAUUCAGUGCAAAAUCUCCCAUAUCUGAACAACGCAGCGUCUCUCCCUCAGAGGCUGCAUGAGGGAGCCUGCCCUAGGGCGGGAUGUCCGUGACUGAAGCCCACCGAGCACUACGGUGGCUCUUGGGCAGAGCCCCACGAGGCUCGAAAGCACCCCCCCACCCUCCUGCCGGCCCUGCUGCCAUGCCUGUGUUGGUCUUCAGCCACUGAACAACCCAAAUGUUGUCCCGAUGGCCACCGGGGUGGUGUUGGGGGGUGAGACGGCAGCCAAGGGGCAGUCGCUGACCCUGUCACUGUCACCGUCACCGUCCCGCCGGAGGGGGUGGCUGACAGACGCAUGCGCAUAGGCGUCGUGAAGCCCCUGGUAACCGUGAGGGGCCCUGACGAGUUGGAACCGGCAGUGGUGGGACAUCUGCCUCACGUGGGGGCAACACAGCCUCCCGGCUGCUGUCUUGUGGGAGGGAAAAAACGCCCACUGGAAAUGACACUGAGAAGCAGAAAGUGUAGCCAUGGUUCUCAUCGGUGAGAAGUGUCACAGAGGGAAGGGGAACGUGGUGCAUGUUUGAGACCAAAAUGGUGCUUGCGGUAUGAAUUGUGCCGAUGUCAGGGUCUUGUGAAAAAUCCUACUUGAGGUGCAGCCAAAAUCUUGAUCACCAUGAAUGAUCAUCCUGCCUCUGAGAGAAACGGGGGUGAAGGGUAGGACAGGCUGCCGAGGGGCUGCUGAGCAGGUAGAAGUGCAGCUCCAACCCGCAGGCAUACUGUAAUAAAAGCCAAGGAAAUGAUUUCACAAAACCACUGAAAGAGGCUCAUGAUCUGUUUUUUUAGGCUGCUGCUGAGCAAUCACGGUAUUCCCUCCUACCACCACCUAUGGGUUAGGAGCUCAUACCCUCUUUGAAGCAGUCUGUGCAAAAUAAACUCCAAAAACAAAAAAACAGGAAGAUGUUUCGCCCUUACAUUGUACUACAGCGAUAGCUCUUAAUUCUGUUCUGGGUGGUGUAGUUGCAGAUUCUUCAGGCUGAAGAGGGAACUAAAUGACAUCUUCUCUACUGUGGGCAAAUGACCUGGUAAUGACAUGACCACUAAGCAAAGAGCUGUUCUCUGGGCAGCUUUGAGCAUAGUUAAGUUCCUUAAAAUGAAUUCUCCUUUUUUGGUUGAAUGAACUCCAUUAUCCAACCUGAGUUGAAAAGUGUCUGGGUUUUAUUUUAGUCAAAAACCCAAAACCUAUUCAUUAAAAAGCUAUUUUGAUGGUGAAAGUUCUUAUCCGCCAAGUCAGGACCCCUUUCCCUAAAAACUGAACAACCUGUUGGUUGUACAAUUUUCUAGCUGAC